AUGAUCUCUUGGGGUUAUGAAACAGAUGGGCUCUGUUUGCUCUGUGGUACUGAAAUGGAAUCACAUAAUCAUCUGUUUUUUCAAUGCUCUUUCACUGCUUUUGUUUGGAGAAAUCUCUUUCUUCAUCUCCAGCUUAGCAACGUUCCGAUGGCUUGGGAUCCGCUUCUUACUUGGCUCCAGGAUAUUCAUUUGGAUGUCACAACAAGGUUAGCGUUGCUUCAGGCUUGGCAAGGUGCCAUUUAUGAGCUCUGGAAGGAACGUAACAGGCGUAUGCAUGAUGGAGUCACUCUCUCCCAUAGCCAUGUGCUUCGACUAGUUCUCUCUUCUGUUAAGGACAAAUGCCGUGCUUUAUGCAAUUUGGGUUCUUCACAAGGAGAUUUACUUCUCCAAAAGUGGUCUCAUUCUAAUGGAUUUAGCUGA